CACGCACCAACACCUGUGUCGGCUCUUAUAGGCAAUUAUUUCACUAUAUUUGAUUAAUAAUUAAGUGCAAAGUUUCUUUUCCAUUUUAACAACGCUUGUUCUCGCCAAUCGUCGCGGUCACAAAUAAUACAAAUACACCUGUAGAUAAAGAAACGUCAAUUUUAUUACAAAAUGGAAACAUCAGAGAAUGCCACAAUCUAUGUAUGCGACAUAUGUAAAAAGGAAUGUCUAUUUGAUACUAUUAUGCAACAUCCUUCUCUUCAUGGAUGUGACGGAAUAUUUAUUUUUAUCAAAUCUAAUUAUUUUUACCCAGUGACAGAUAUUGUCGUAAAAAAAAAAAAUCAAGAAAAUCAGAAUUUUGAUACAAGUAUUAAGGAAAUUGACAAAGAAAAUAUUGCCGUAAAUAAUGAUAAAACAGAUGUUGAGACCGUAGAAAAAGAAAAUAAAGAACAUCAGAGUUGUGAUCCAAGUAUUAAGGAAAUUGAUAAAGAAAGUAUUGACAUAAAUAAUGAUAACAGUGCUGCAACUGCAUCGAUAGAGGAAACUUCAAUAGCUGCCGUGCAAGAGCGUCCUGCCUUAUGGGACAAAAAUCUUUUACUAUUACAAUGCAUACUAGCAAUCAAAAAGAAACUAUGGCAAGAAAUUGAGGAUCUUAUCAAUACUGACAAAGAAAAAAAGGAAUACACUAUCGCAGCUUUAAAAAUAAAAUGGAUAAGAUUAUUAUAUGUUUGA